UAACUCUCUUAAUAUCAGAAAAGGUGUUGGAAGCCAAUCCUGUUCUGACAGUCUUACUGCUUUCCCUGCUGUACCUGUGAACUAUUCACUCUCCAUCUCUGGACCUCUCUAGCAAGCUGAAGGGAGGCCAAGAGCAGAAAUGGGCAACACAGGAGAUAGUGUUGGCAGGCAGAAGAUGAACUGCCACUUUGAGCAGAGCUCAGUCUUGAGCCCAAAACACUGGGACUUUUGCAAGCCAAAGUAACUACAAAACAUGUAUAGAGUCAGUGUCCUGCUGGAGGCAGAUUUGACUCAAAAGCAAGAUCCAGAGCAAGAAAGCUACAUGCAGGUUUUAGUAAAGUCCCAAGAGGUGUGAAAACAGCAUACCAGGGAAAUUGACUUUUUCCCUUUCACAGGCUGAGUCAGCGGGGUGUUUGCUCUGCAGCACUUUCAGAAGCAGCAGGGCAGAGCCCUCUGCAAAAACAGCUUGAUGGUGUCAGACACCAGCUCGGUCAGAUCCACAUCCAGCCAGCCGUGUGGUGAAACCAGGCUCCACAUCCUCCACCAAAGCAGUUACAGCAGAAGUGGGACUGGAGAUAGAUUCAUUACCCAGGAAGUCCUUUGUCUGCAUUGGGGUUUCUUUAUGUAUUUGCUACACAGCUAUAGACAGAUAACUGUAAAUGCAAUUUCAACCACACGGCUUUAUAUACUCAUAGGGCAUUAAGAGCUGACAAAUUUAAGAAAAUGAGCAGAUAUGCAGAUAAUCUGGUGACACUACAAUCUAAAGUGAAAGAAUUCAAAUUCAAAUAUAGAAGAUGAACUCCUUGCAAGGCAGAAAGCCCAGGACUGUUCAAUGCCUUUCAGAGCAGCCUGUCCACAACAUCCACCUCAAGAGAGGUGGCUGUGUGGGAGCUGCUUUUUCGGGACAUCAUUUGGGCUGUGCUAACUUCUGAAUUAAAUAUGGGGUUUGGCAUCAGCCAAACCAUGCCAAGAACAAUUUUAAUAAUUAAACAUUUUAGACGCUGGAGUUAUCUGCCCUAGUGCUGUUUUAUUUGCAAGUACAGAUGUAGCUUGAGAUUUCUAUUUCUUGCAUUUUACUGUUGCUGGCAACCUUACUUCUCUAACUUUGCUAGAAGUUUUGCUUAUGUAAAACUGCAGCAAAAACAGUUGAGACUUUUGGAUCCCAGACAUAUCCAUGUUAAAAAAAAAAGGGGGUUAUAUAUGUGUGUAUGUACACCCUCAUAUAGAGACACAUAAAUAAAAUGAAAUAUAUAUUCAUAUACACAUACAGUUACAUCAUUGCAACAUUGAAUUUCAGUUGGACAAUAUUCUCUAGAUGCAUCCUGGGGGUAUGCAGUAGAACAAACAACAUGAGAACUUUGUUAAUCAAGGAGUAAAAAUAAGACCUGUGGGACAAGGUUACAGUACAGAUAUCUGAGGCACAAACAGCUGGCCAAGGAGUAGGACAAUAUGUUGUUCUUUGACUUAUGUAAACAUGCAGCGGCAAAUAUCAGCAAAUUUGUACUUUAACCACAGCAUCUUCUUGCACUGGCAGAAACCGGUUUCACCACACAGAGCCCUGUUAACACAGCUAUAUGCAAACAAGCUCCUUGCCAGCACAAUUUGCUGCUUUUCCAGUACUUAGUGAAGUGUCUUUCCUUAACUAUGACAAUUUGUGCACUCAAGAGAGCAAUGGUGGCCUUCACAACUCCUCUUCUCCUGUCUGUUUUAUUCUGUGACUUUUCUGUUGUUAUUCUGGAUAAUGCAACCCAGCCCUAAAGCUUUGUGAGAAUUAGUACCAAUGAUGCAAUAUGAACCUCUGAUACCUCAACAUAUCCCUCUUUUGCUGCUUUUUGUCUGCUGUUGCUGUUUCAGGAUCAAGCCUGCUGUAUGGCCAAACCUUCCUGAUCAUAAAAAAACACUGGAGAAACUAUGCAAGAAGCCAAAAAAUAAUUUUGAUAUAAGCUUUAACCCAGAGAGUUUUGGUUAUGUUCAUAUCCAUAAAGUGGACGGUAUUCAGGCAAAAGCUGAACUGGAAAAUUUUCUGCAGCCAUCAAUUGCUCCAGAGACAAGUCUUCCAGAAAAAUUCAGGAAGGGAUCAGACCUGAAGAUGAUACCUGCGAUGACAGACAAAAGCAACCUAAAUCUGUCUGUGACUUAUGGAGGCCUCCGGCCGGCUGAGGCCCCGCACAGACUCCUGGGCACAAGCCAGUUUGCAGUCACGGAAGGAAACUGCAGCUCCAGCACGUAUGAGGUGUGCCACGGCAACAGCGUGCCCCUGCACAACAGCGGAGGUUCCAACUUUUCCUCUGGUCCUCCCCUGGAUCCCUCUGGCCAGCCCAGUCCAGAGCCCCCAGAUGAUGACACUGUAUCCCAGAUGCUGCCUAACAGUGAAAUGAGAUCACCAAACAACGAGGAAACCUAUGUAACAAUGUCCAGCUUCUACAAAAUUCAGUAAACCUCGCAAGAAUGACGACAUGUUUUUUUUUUCUCUAACACAAGCAGGACACUGAAGCUUUCUGUUUUGUUUUCCUGUAUCCUGCGAGUUCCCGCCUCCUCCACUCACCCUGCUCACAGUGCAGUGCUGUAUCUGCAAGGAAGUCGGUUCUCCUAAGUUCCAGCUAGAAGUAGCCUAACUUCAGCACUCAAUACACUGCUAGCAGUCUCCGCUGCAGCAGAAACUAAAUUUAAUUCAAUCUGACUUCAAUCUUCAAAUCUGAUUAAUCUGGAGCAACAACAGUGCAGUCCCAGCUGAGGACCACAACAUGUCUUGUAAAAGUUAAUGAACUCUUCUGUUACUCUCUUGGUUACAGAGCUGCGCUCUUAUUAAUGCCUAAGCAAGAAAUAUGGCAACAUAUUCAAGUUAAACAGAACCCAAUCCCUUUUAAACAGUAGUAACUCAAAGAUAAUUCCUCUGCAGCCAGUGUAAAUUCAUGAGUUUGCAAAAAGACAGUAAAUCAGAGUUGCUAUCAAGCAUUAGCUGCCUGGGGAUUCAGGAUCUUGAACACCACAAAUAGAUUUAGCUGAGUCCUCAGGAGAAAUGGUACAUGGACCCACUUUAGAAAGAUGUUUCCUGAGGCUGAUUUAGUUUUUUGUUUUUCUUUUUUUUUUUUUUUUGAGACACAAAACAAAGCAAAACUCUACAUGCCACUGCUUUUUGCUGUUGGUAAAGAUCUGCCCUGGAGCCAAUUACAGGAUCCACAGGUACUUCUAAUACUUUUAACGUUUUCAAUAUUUCACGUGCUAACUAUGUAAAUCAAAGUCCCUUCUCUUCCCAGAAACUGAAUUAGGACUGUAAAAUGCACAGUGCUGUCUUUCUCUGCAGCUCUCGUGCAGGCAUUAGUCCAGCAUGUAAGUACUUUUCAGGGCAGAGGCUGAGCUGACCACGUUUGUUUACUAGCAUUAUUCCCAAUGGCUGUGACUGCUUAUGAAUACUAUGAAUUUGGAUAGGCAAUGUUCUCAUGCAACAUCUGACUUAGGAAAAUGAAUGGAAUGUCAUGAAUUCUGCCAGUGAUCAGAAGACCUAUUUUCUUUUUUAAAGUAACUUGUAAAUUGCCAGGAGAUAGUAUUUAGUUUGUUGUUGGAGGGGGGGUGUUGUUUGUUUGGUUUUGGGGUUUUGGGGGCUUUGUGAGGGCUUUUUGCACUGUGACUUUUUUCUUCUUUACAGUAUCACAUUUUUUUUUUCUUUUACAUUAUGGCUGAGCCACUUCACAGUCCUCCUUAGAUUCUGUACAUUGUGGAGCACAUACUUGGAGAUAAAGCUGCUACAGACACAUGAUUGCAUGACAGCAGAGCAGUGUGGCCUUGGGACAUCCAAACUGCUUUGUUGCCCUCUGGGAUUCAGGUUCACCUCACUGUGCGGUCUCAGUUCCUCUAGAUGUCUGAAAUUCUCCUUUACCAAACUGUAUGUACAUUUCCAGAGUCUAAGGGUGAAAAGAGUCCUCUCUCAUGCUCAGAGCUGCUCAAAUUUGUUCUGUCUGGUAAUGGUCACAGAGAUGUUGCAAAACCUCAGCUGCUUCCAUCUGCCUUUGCCAAAACAGCUUUGUGCCAGGAGAACAUCAAAAUUAAUAUAUCUUGUGGUCUAAUUUCAAGAAGAUAUGGCAGACAGUGGAGCUUGCAUUAAACUCCAUUGCUUGAAUCAGAAUUUUAUGCUGCAGAAGACAGUAUAAGACAAAAAAUUUUGGACCAUAUGAAGCCAAAAACAUCCCUUCCAAGACAGUACUCCACCUUCUUCACUCCACUCAGCACCAGGGAAACCUUUGAACGGGGAGAACUUAUAGUCACUGUGUGUAAUGGGGCCUCAGAUUUCGCUCAAAGCAUUCCAGUGACAUUUUGCAGAACGGUUUUUACUGCUGUUUAUUGCUGAAUGAAGCACUGGUUGACGCAGAAGAAAAAGAUGAAAGCCCUGGACAUUCAUUUGGUUUACAACGCUUGUAUUUCUUUUUCAAAAAAGCUGCUGGUCAUGCUCAUACUUGUGUAGACUUGCACAGUGUGACUGUAGAUAGAGAGAGACUGUACUGGAAAGAUAUCUUCUUCCAGCGAAACAGGGACAAACAAAAAAGGGGAUAGAAGAAGAAGUAAAAGCACAUCAGGAAAAUUCUCUAUGGUAUGUGCUAUGCUUUCUUCAAUUUUAUAGCCAUCAACAAAUUUGAUGGGUGUAUUCCGAUAUAAUCACUUUUUGGAAAAAAAAAUAAAGCCAAAUUUGCACCAAAGCCAGAAGCACCACAAGCAUUUCUUGUCUAAUGCCAAGUUAAAUAUAGAACAACACUUUGUUGAAUAGUUUCCUUAUUCUACAGGACAGAGCUUUCCUAUAGCUGUUCACAAACUCCCAUCUGCCUCAGUAUCCACACAGGAGUAUUGCAUAGCUUUCACAUACUCCAUGCACUUUCUUUAGUUCAGCAUGAUCUUCCUCCUCCACACUUUCUGUCUCUGGUGCUCUUACUCGGCUGCACAUCCAAAAAGAAGUUGGUGACCCUGGUUUGUAUGUAGCUGCCUUAUGUCACAGGAGCUGCUUGCUCCUUUCUGCAUGUGCCCAAUGGAAUUUGACAGCUCUUCUGCAGUUGUGGCACAGUACAGAUGCUCUCCUAGCUUCAUUUCUCCCCUUAUCUACGUGCGGCUCAUUUGCACUAUGCAAAUGUCUCCUAGCUAUACACAAAUAAACUUGGACUGUUGUCAGUUACAA